ACGCCUGUGACCGCCAGAGAAAGAGGGCAGGACCAGAGAUAGUAUAGGGGCUGAGCUGUGAGGUGUUGGUACCAGCAGAGGAGCUUCCACAUACAGAUGAAGUCAGCGCAGAGACUUGUUUUACUGUAGCAACAGUUUGUAGGCAGCACUGUACAUCACCGGUUGGCAUUGGGUUCUCUCUUGUUGUGGAAUACGGGAUCAGAAGAAGCAAAUGUUUCCGGUCAGGCAGCCUUGGCUUUGCAAAGCCUUAGGUUGCUAUGAUUGCUGUAUCCGAUGCUUUUGGGCAGUGCCCUACCCAUCCCUGGCGGCCACCCUGCUGUUAUAUGCCGGCAUGGCAUUGUUUUGUGGCUGUGGGCAUGAAGCGUUGUCCAACACCGAAGUCCUCGUUGAGACGUACUUCGCCCGCAACGUUCAAGACUUUGUGGUCAUGGCCUCUUUUAUCAAAUACUUCCAGUACGUGAUCUAUGGCCUGGCAUCAUUUUUCUUCCUCUUUGGUAUCCUGCUGCUGGCCGAGGGUUUCUACACCACGAGCGCUGUCAAGCAGACCUUUGGUGAAUUCAGGAGCACCCAUUGUGGCCGCUGCCUCAGCCUGACGUUUAUCAUCGUGACGUACAUCUUGGCUUUCAUCUGGCUGGCAGUGUUUGCCUUCAGUGCUAUCCCAGUCUACUUCUUGUUCAACAUGGAGCAGACCUGCCACAACAUCAACAUCCUGGCUGAAACAACCCCCAGCAUUAAUCAACACGGCUGGAUUUGCAUGGACGCCAGGCAGUAUGGUCUGCUUCCUUGGAAUGCAAUGCCAGGCAAGGCUUGUGGGAUGACCUUGGCAUCUAUUUGCAAAACCAGCGAAUUCUACGUCACCUAUGACUUGUACAUAGCUGCAUUUGCUGGUGCCGGGGUCACUCUCUUAGCACUGUUUCUGUAUCUGGCUGCCACCACCUACAACUACGCAGUCUUGCGGUUCCUUGGCAGGAAAGGGGUCCGCUAAGUGCAACACCUCCGUCCCAGUCAACCCCAUCCUCUGGCUUUGAUAUGGACAGUCGACACUAGACUUCCGUUCAUCCUCUGGGGAAACAGCACCUUCGAAAACCUGGAUCACCUGCUAUAGUAUUUAUUUAGACAUCGUCCAAUAACAGACACACAUGUUUCUCAUCACUGAACAACAGACAGAGAGAUGAAGAUAAUUCACACCCAGAAGCGAGCUCCGGCCUCCUCCUCAAAUCCUACUCUCAGAUGAUUCUCUUAGCUUUGUUGUUCAUUUUCCUUUCGUAGGUUGCAUCUCUCCUUUUAUUUUGUGAAGCUUCAUUGGUGCUGAUGCUGUUGUCAGAUUGUGAUGUAUGACGUUUCAUGAAUAAUUAAGAGCAAUGACAGCUUGCCUCGCAAAUCAUAACUGCAUGCACUCUGUUCAGUGCUUACUGAUGCAUAUAUUGGUUCUGAAUAUGAUUUUGCAUGCUGCUUCAUUAUCACCUUCUUGUGUGGCAACAUCAUGAAGCAAGGGUACCAAAGUUCUCUGUGUGGGUUUGGUGUAUCCUCCCAUCUCCCUUUGUGCAUUCACUUACAAUACAUGUACUUUGCAUUCACUCAAUGCAUUUUAUGCUUUGUUUAAAUGCCACUGCGUAGGAGGGAACCAAAGACAUGUAUCCAUUUUUUUGGAUGUUUUUGGGUUACUGCUUAAAAUAAGCUGUUUUUAUGUUACUGAGGUGUUGAUGCUUUAAUAACAUGCCUCCAGGUGACUCAUGUUUGAUGUGUAGCCCUGCUACUUACUGAACUGGGUUGUGUUGUGUGUGCUCAUUUUUAAUUAAGGCUGAAUAAACCAUUUAAAUCUGCA